AUGAGUCAGUCGUUUUCGAUAACCCGAACCGCGAUCCCUGGUGUUCGAAGUGGUCCUAGAGUUCAUGCAGGUGAGACUGGUGGAGAUCUGGGCAUCGUUGGCCGGAAAUCCACUGAAAGUGUCCUGAGCCCCUGGUCUACGUAUGAGCUUCUCAUUCUCUGUGGCUUUAAGUGGAUUCUUCUAUCCUUUUUCCUGCCAGAAACUAAUACCGAUUUCAUUCUCUUGAACCGGGCCAACCGCCUACGCAUAUCCAUCAGGAAUCAGAAUCUUCGAUCGGAUACAGAGAUUAAACAAGGAAAUCUUCACUUCCCGUCGCUUCUCGGUGGGUAUUUGACUACGCAUUUCUUGAUUACCCUAAGGGAUCCGUCGGUUGCCUUUAUUAAUGUCUACACCGGUCUUAUCUACGGUAUUUUUUUUAGCCACUGA